AUGACUGUUGUUCUUCCUAAGGCUCGUUUUGAGUGGAUGCAUUUAAGAAUGCAUGAUUUCAAAAGUGUGAGUGCUUAUAAUUCGGAAUUGUUUCGAAUUACUUCUAAAUUGAAGCUAUGUGGUGAAACAAUCUCCGAUGAAGAUAUGCUUGAGAAAACAUUCUCAACUUUUCAUGCUUCAAAUGUGCUCUUACAACAACAAUAUAGAGAGCGGGGUUUCAAAAAGUACUCUGACCUUAUAUCUUGCUUAUUAGUUGCCGAACAAAAUAAUGAGUUGCUAAUGAAAAACCACGAGUUAAAACCCACAGGUUCCACUGCAUUACCUGAAGCUAAUGCAACGAUCAAACAAGAGUAUGACCGUGGUCGUAGGAACCAACGUGGACGUGGUCGUGGUCGUGGACGUGACCGUGGUCGUGGUCGUGGACAUGGUCGUGGACGUGGAUAUGGACGUGGUAAUGUAGACCAUGCAACAUCUAGCAACAAAAGGCACAAACCAUCCAAAGACCACAACUCAUCCAAAUGGGAAGAUACAUGUCAUAAAUGUGGCAUGACGGGGCAUUGGUCACGUACUUGUCGUACGGCGAAACACCUUGUUGAUCUUUAUCAAAAGUCAAUUAAGGAAAAUGUGAAGAACGAGACCAAUGUUCUUGACUUUGAUGGCACAAUUGAUACAACUCACUUAGAUGUCUCGGAUUUCUUUGCUGACCCAAAUGGAAACAUUGAUGGCAUGAUUGGAGGUGGUGUGCUAGAAGACAAUAAAGCGGAUUUAGCAUAG